AUGGGGAAGGUGCAGGAGGUGCUGGGAGAGCUGGAAAAAUUUGGGAGUCACAGGAGGUGCCACAAUCCCAAAAAAACAACAGGGAAUGGGGAAUUUUUCCCAUCCCACAAAUCCUUCGAUAUUCCAUGGGGUUUGAAGCCACAGGAAGUGCCACGAUCCCAAAAAUCCCAAGGAACGGGGUUUUCCCCCUCCUCCGGAUCCCAGAGUUCGGCCAUUCCCGGGGUUUUUUCCAGGCGAUUUUCCGGGUUUUUCCAGGCGAUUUUCCUGGAUGAUCUCGGAGAGAACCUGAAGCCGGCGCGGGAUCUGGGAAUGGCCACGAUCCUGGUCCGCGAUCCCGACUCAGCGCUCCGCCAGCUCCAGGAGCUCUCCGGUGUCCAGCUCCUGGGCGUGGAGGAGCCACUGCCGGAGCCAUGUGAUCCCUCCCAGGUCACGCACGGAUACGUCACCAUCCGGCCGGGCGUGCGGCUGCAUUUCGUGGAGCUGGGYCAGGGCCCCGCGCUCUGCCUGUGCCACGGAUUCCCGGAAUCCUGGCUCUCCUGGCGCUUCCAGAUCCCGGCGCUGGCCGACGCCGGAUUCCGCGUGAUCGCCCUGGAAAUGAAGGGAUACGGGGAAUCCACGGCGCCUCCUGAUAUCCCGGAAUAUUCCCAGGAGCAGAUCUGCAAGGAUUUUGUGACUUUCCUGGAUAAACUGGGAAUCCCGCAGGUGGUCCUGGUGGGACACGAUUGGGGCGGCGCCGUGGCCUGGAACGUGGCGCUCUUUUAUCCGGAGCGGCUGCGGGCUGUGGCGUCUCUGAACACCCCGUACCGCCCGGCCGAUCCCAACGUGGAUAUCCUGGAAAAGCUGGAAUCCCGUCCCGCCUUCGAGUACCAGCUCUACUUCCAGGAGCCGGGAGUGGCGGAGGCGGAGCUGGAGAAGGACAUCGGGAGGACCCUGAAGAUCCUGAUCCGCUCCUGGGAG